UUCUUUGGAUUGCCAUCAGAAUUGAAAAAGUUGUUGUGGAUUCAUAGGAACAUAUCCGAUUUAUAUGAGUGGCAAAAAGAAUGUCUGAUGUUGGAGCACAAUUCAGCUGGUAGGAAUCUCAUAUACUCCCUGCCCACCUCUGGUGGUAAGACACUGGUGGCGGAAGUUCUCAUCAUCAAACAGUUGAUUGUCAAUAAGAAAAAUGCUCUAUUUAUUUUACCCUAUGUUGCUAUUGUUCAGGAGAAGGUUAAAAGUCUUUCAAUUUUGGGAGUGGAUUUGAAUUUUUUGGUGCAUGAAUAUGCUGGUAGCAAGGGCAGACUGCCUCCAGUGCGACACAGGAAACAAUCAUUGUAUAUCGCAACAAUCGAAAAGUCAGCAUCCAUCGUCAACAGCCUCAUAGAGGACGAUCGACUGAGUGAGAUUGGACUGGUUGUCGUUGAUGAGCUGCAUAUGAUCGGCGAUGGAACGCAGAGGGGUGUUACGUUGGAAUCAACACUGACCAAGUUCAUUCAUUGCUCUGCAUCAACUCAGAUAGUGGGCAUGAGUGCUACCCUGAACAACAUUGAAGAUCUGCAGGCCUUCCUUCAAGCACUCAUUUACACCAAUGACUUCAGACCUAAGGAAAAUAUGUUAAGAUUGUUUUGGAAGGCUGUUGAGCUGAAGGAGUAUGUGAAAGUGUCGGAUGUGUUGUACGAAGUGAGGGAUGCCAUGCCGACGCAGGUCUCCCCAACAAUGAAGGAUUAUAAUUGUAUUCAUGACAGCCUCACUUUUAAGCGUGUCAUUGAUUUUCAGUACAGCAAAGAAAUGUUGUCAGACGAUCCGGACCACCUGUACGGACUGACCAUGGAGGUCGUCCCAGCCGAAUCCUGCCUUAUCUUUUGCCACUCCAAGAAGAACUGCGAGAAUGUUGCUCUCCUAAUUUGCCACCUCAUUGAAAGAGAGGUGAUGAUGGAAGAAAGAAAGGAACUAGUGAAGAACCUGCGAGAUGAAAAUGAAGAUAUCUGUGAUGUGUUGAGAAAAACUGUUAAGUAUGGAGUGGCCUACCAUCACAGUGGCCUGACAUCGGAUGAGAGGUUGCUGAUUGAAGAGGCUUACUUGAACAAGACUCUCUGCGUACUCGUCUGCACAUCCACACUUGCCGCCGGAGUCAACCUUCCUGCUAAAAGAGUGAUUCUGAGAUCUCCUUUCAUUGGUCGGCAGAUGAUGACGAGGACGCAAUACAAGCAGAUGAUUGGUCGCGCUGGUAGGGCUGGCUUCCAUUCAUCAGGCGAAAGUAUUUUGAUUGCCAAGCAGCACGAUAUCAAAGAUGUUAAAUAUUUGAUCCAAGGAGCAUGUGAAAGUUGUUACUCAAGUCUGAGUUGCAGUUACCUUCACAAGCAAUUAUCAAAUCUCGUGCUGACUUGUGUUGGCCUUAAAGUCACUAGAUCAAUCUCUGAUGUCCUAUCAUUUCUCAAGAAGACCUUGUGUUACCAACAAUUGAAACAAAAAAAUGAACACGCUCGCUUCGAAAGUGACGUCAAUUUAUGUUUAAUAAAUUUGAUCGGAAGUGGAUUGAUUGUGGAAAAAUUUUUGGUGUCCUUGGAUGAUGAUAAUGCAAACAACCACACACAUUUGGAGGUUUCAAAGUUUGGCAGAGCAGUUUUCAAAGGCUCAAUAGAUUUAAACAUAUGCAAGUUAUUGUAUGAUGAUUUGAAGGCCAACCAAUCCAAUGUAGUGCUAUCCUCGUAUUUGCAUCUCAUCUUCCUCAUCACCCCCUAUGAGCACAUUACCAAUACCAGCAAUCCUCUUCACAUUGACUGGUGGAUCUACAUCAAUGAGGUAGCCUGUCUGAAUGGAGAUGAGUUGAAACUCAUGCAUCUUGUCGGAAUUUCAGAAGCUUAUCUACAUAGGAAUGCCGUGGGACAGACUGCUAGAAUAAUGGUAUAUUUGUGCCAAUGUUCAGUAAAAAGAUUUUAUCUGACGCUAAUGUUGUAUCAGCUCUUCAAGAGAAAUUCAGUUUGGAAGGUGGCAGAAAGGUUUCAAGUUUCCAGAGGAUUUCUUCAGCAAUUAUUGUCAUCAACUGUUUCAUUUGCUGCUUGUGUUUUGCACUUUUGUCAGGACUUACUAAUUAACUUCACGAAGAAAUUAUCCCAUUGCUGCAGUUUGGAACUUUUGCCUUUGAUGGAAAUACCUGGCCUCAAAAUCGGUAGAGCUCGUUUGUUGUACGAGGCUGGAUACUCAAAUGUUCAGCAGAUUGCUUCCAUCACUGAUCAUAAACAACUAGUGAGAAACGUUAAGAUGAUACCUACAAAAACCGCCAAGCAGCUCAUAUCGUCUGCCAGGAUGCUGGUUAACGAAAGACUUGAAGAACUGUUGUCAGAAGCUGAGACUCUAAGCACUGGCCGAGCCACAGCAUAUUCAUAA